AUGGAAUUUGAUGAAUUUGAGUUGGAAUUGGCUGCUCAAAAGGAAUUUUCAUCUGAUGAACAGUAUUUUGAACGUGAACUUGGGUGUGCUGCUAAAGAACUGAGUGUUCAAGAUGUCAUUGAUUCUGAUUAUCCGGAUAUAUCCCGAUUAGGUGUCUUGCAGGGCGCUGGGGAUGAUAAACUUGGUCGUAAAGUUAUUGUUUUUUCUGCCUGUCGUCUGCCACCUGCAGAUUUAAUUGAUCAUCAACGUUUGCUUAUGUAUAUUACUAAAACACUGGAACAAUAUCCUACAGAAACAUUCGGACGCAAUUUUCGCAAAAAUUUGAAAGCCCUCUAUAUAGUACAUCCUACUACUGGUGUAAAAAUCUUGUGGACACUUUUCAAACCAUUUAUCAGUUCUAAAAUGUCUCACAAAGUAAUCUACGUUGAACAACUGUCAGGAUUAGAAGAAACCUUAUUCGUUGAUCAGCUUCCGAUACCCCAGCGUGUUUUAAAUUAUGAUAAAACGAUUGCUAAGGAUUUACCCAUAAGGCCAAUUCAACAGACCCAGAAAGAUUCACUUACUCGACCAUUUGUACCGGCCAUACCAGAUGCUGCGUCUGUUUUUUCGGGUGCAUAUGAAGAACAGUGUAAAGAUGUAACGCCAGACCCACAACAACAAUUCAAUGUCAGUCUACAGUUCAUCAAAAUGAAUAACGGUGGUCGUCCUAUCCCCAUAGUUCUUGAAGACGCGAUUGACUAUAUUCGUGAUCGUGGUUUAACAACAGAAGGAAUAUUCCGUCGUUCCGUCAGUUUGAAACGUAUACGAGAAGUUCAAAAUUUGUAUAAUAAUGGUGAAACUGUUGACCUUCGUGACUAUGAUGACCCUCAUUUGGCAGCUGUUUUACUCAAAUCGUUUUUACGUGAACUCACCGAACCGCUGUUAACAUUUGAACUUUACGAUGAGAUAUUAGGCACAGGUGGUUUAGGCGCUAGAGAAAAAGUUGCUUUGGCUAAGGAGCUAAUUCUUAUGAAGUUACCUGAUGAUAAUUAUGAAAUUUUAAACUUUCUUAUCCGAUUUUUAACUGAGAUCAGUAUGUACUCACAACAAAAUAAAAUGAACGCAGCCAACUUAGCUGUUGUAUUUGGUCCAAGUUUAAUUUGGUCACGAAAUCAAGCUUCACUUACAGCAAUGGGUGUGAUUAACGCAUUCACACAAAUUCUAAUUACUCAUUAUGAGUAUAUUUUUAUCAAAUAA